AUGGGCUUAUCAGAUUUUUUUGAUUCUUGCACCCACGUCAGUGCAACAGAGUUUGCAUUUCAACCUAUCAUUGAUGAUAAUGAAAUUGUUUCUUUGCCGAUGCUACACCACUUGGGCUCUGUAUUGUUCCUAGGUGAGGAGAUUCCCUUGGGUCAAUCAAAUAGGGAACUUGACAUUGAACUUGGACGAGUUGAUCCAUAUGCUGACACAACUGCUGGAGCAUUGCAGGAUAUUGCAUUUAAGUGUGGAGCCAAGGUGGAGUUCAGGCCAGGUUUGGUGUCAAGCACGGAUUUGCAGUUCUCUAUGGAGGUCUUGUUUGCGGGAGAGAAAAUUGGUGAAGGAAUUGGUCGGACAAGGAGGGAAGCCCAGCAUCAGGCUGCUGAGGGAUCACUCAUGAAUUUGGCUGAUAAGUAUCUUUCACGUCUUAAGCCUGAUUCCAGCUCUGUGCAUGGGGAGGGGAGUAGGUUUGCUAAUGACAACAGUUUUAUGAGUGAAAUGAAUUCUUUUGGGUAUCAGUCAUUGCCCAAGGAGGACUCUGUUUCAUUUUCAGCUUCAUCAGAGCCACCUAGGGUUUUGGACCCAAGGCUAGAGGCCUCCAAGAAAUCAAUGGGUUCAGUCUCUGCACUUAACGAAUUGUGCAUGGUUGAAGGCCUUGCUGUUGCUUUUCAAACUCAGCCUCAGCUUUCAGUUAAUCCAGGCCAGAAAAACGAAGUAUACGCACAGGUUGAAAUAGAUGGACAGGUGUUGGGUAAGGGAAUCGGAUUAACAUUGGAUGAGGCUAAGAUGCAGGCUGCUGAAAAGGCUCUUGGAAGUUUGAAAUCCAUGCUUGGUCAGUUUUCUCAUAAGCGUCAAGGAUCUCCAAGGCAAUUACAGGGGAUGUCAAGUAAACGACUGAAGCCAGAGUUUCCCCGAGUUCUGCAGCGAAUGCCAUCUUCUGCAAGAUAUCCAAGAAAUGCUUCCCCAGUGCCCUGA